AUGCCGACGCACGGUGGCAGCGUCGACGGCGACAAGCCCAACGCAUUCCACCGCGCUGGCAUCCAGAGUGGGACGUGCACCACCGACGCUUCGAUUUGCACUUUACCUUUUCCUGCGCAUGCCACAAGCAGCACCAUGUCUUCGCCCACCUCGUCCUCCCGGUCGUCCCGGUCGUCGUCGUCCAUGAGCGAGGCGACCCGCCGCUACUCGUUCGCGGACCAGACCGCGUCGUCCUCGCGCAAGACGACGGAAGCGCUCGUCUUCUCGUGGAGCCACUUUCUGUGCCCGUCUGCGGCCAUCGCGCACGACCUGCAGUUUGCCAGCUACCACUCGAGCCGGCGCCUCGCGAGUCUGCACCGCGACUGCGCGCUCCUCGACCCAGUCAUCGUCGCGACGCUGCUUGACGCCCGCCGCCUUGGAUACCUCUACAUCCUCGUCGAGUGCCCACUCGACGACUUUCAAACGACACUCGCUACCUUCUUCCCCAAGACAGCGGCGCUCAUCCAGUGCGAUGCAAGCCACAUCCAGCUCGCAUGCGCGCUCAAGCCCGCGAGUCUCACGUUCACAUACGAGCAUUUGCUCUACUCGAUCUGUGCCAAGUCGGCGCGGCUCCAGCACGCGUCCAUCUCGCUCACAGUCUUUGGCCCGGAAGAGCUGCGCCACGCGUGCCUCACGAUCGCCCGCGCGCUCGCGACGGUCGUGCCCAAGGCCAUCCGCACCGCCGGUGGCACGCCGAGCUUUGUUCAAGUCCACGACCGGCUUGGCAUGGUGCGCCAGCACCUCGAGGGCAUCGUUCGCCGGGACGCGCCGAGCCUGCGCCCGACCGCCCGCCCGCGCACCGUGUGCCUCUGAGCGCUGCACGUCGUCCUUGUCUCUGUCGUCGUUGCUCCGUGUUCGACUUACUCCAUCAUCCAUUAUUUAACGUUGUCCAUUUCGUCUUCGAGUCGUUUGACGUCCAAC